GAUUGAGCGUUUGUGUCUGUAAAUGUUAAUGCCAAUGUAAACAUGCAGUGGACGGCGGUGGUUUAUGCGGUGUUGAUGAUUGGUUCCAGUAUCUGCUCCGUAUUUGGCAACUUGCUAUUGCUGUUGGUGAUUUUACUCAACCAAACCCUUCAAACGGACACCUGGGUUCUCACGUUGAGCUUCUGCGUAUGUGAUCUGGCUUUGGGUGUCUCCACCAUCCCAUUCGGUAUCCAUAACAGUCUUUUCAAAGUGAAGAGCUACCCUAGCAAGAGCGCCACCUGCCAAGGCAGCGCAUUUCUGUUUUUGGCACUUCAGCUCGCCUCGAUUCAUUCGCUAACCUGGGCUACUGUUGAUAAGUUUACAGAGAUCUGCUUCGCCCUCAGUUACCCUGUGAUUUUCACAGCGUACAGGGCCAAAAUCAUCCUUGCGAUGGUGUGGGUUUACAGCAUCCUCAAUGCAUCCCUGCCUCUCUUUGGUUUUGGUAGUUAUGCCUACAGCGAAACAAAGUUUCUUUGCGUUCCCAGCUUCAAACCAUCAAGCAUUGCCUUCAACAUGCUCUUCAUGGUGUUGGGAAUAAUCAUUCCCAUUGUAUUGAUGUGCUCCAUGUAUGGAUAUAUAGUGUAUAUAGCCAGGAAUCAGGUACGACGAGGGACGUUUGUUUGCAACGAAGACCAUUGUUUCUAUGUACCAGCCAAUAAUUACUUCAAAAGCUCCAUAGUAAUGGUGACAACCAUAGUGUGCCUGCUCGUUUGCUGGCUGCCAUAUAUCGUUAUCUGUUUCUAUGAGACACUGACGGGAAUAGAGAGCCCGCAGCCUGCCUCGGCUGUUGCCACAUGGCUUGUACUCUUCACUUCAGCUCUCAACCCAUGGAUCAACUCCAUGACUCAAACGAGGUACAGAGCGGCGCUCCGCAAAAGCCUGAAUAAAAUCCAGCAGAUGUUUGAGUAUCCUCGUAAAAGCUCCCUCUCUCAGUGCACAACUAUACAGCCACGCAGCGAGAGCAACAGCUCCUCUUCACCGGCCCCCAGUGUUCCUCCGGCACAACUAACAAACAACCAACCCCAACAGGACCUCACGCUGGUCUAAAUGCGACCCUCACUGACCUUUACUGGUUUGAAUAGCGCAGAGAUAAUCAUGACUUAAGGAAGCAUCUACGGCAUGGU